AAAAAAAAAAAAAAAAAACAGAACAGAACAGAAAGUGGAACGGUUGUUGCUGAAAACCAUACACACUUCUUCAAAUAUAUGAAAAGAUGUAAGAUCGCACAUGGAGAUUUUGAUAGGUUGCUAGCGAGCUCUGAGAGGCGUGUGUGCUUUUUACCAUUGGGUAUGUACAUAGAACAACUGCGUUUUCAGGAAGUACCAGUCUAUACCUUUAUAAUCCGAUGGGUGGCUUAUUAUACUUUUCAUUCAUUGAAGGAAAUGCAUUAGACUGUAGGUCAUGAUUAUUUUUUAAACGUUCGCAGAUUUGGGUUUUUUUUCAGAGACUUUAAAGGUGCAAAACAGAAGAUCAAAGGCGCAAAAUUAGGACGGCUGCGGAAGUGAGAACAGCCAAAGAAAGAGAGGGACUUAAUCAGACUUCUCUUCUGAAGAGACAGAAGCAUUUGGUUAUUUAUUUUGAAUGCAGUAUGAUGACUGGCUUCAGACACCACGUGUUUGAGUCUCAUCAGCAUAAUGAUCGGGUAAGACUGUAUAUAUAAACCACAAAAACCUGAUCAUUAGAAAUUCCUGCCUCCAAAGACAAACCACAUUUCGGGACAAAAACUGUGGCUUUUUUCGGUUCCUUCAUCCUACCGACCGCAACUUUUUUUGGAUCAACGAGAACAUUUUAAACCCUAUACAAAAAAGACUUUAGAUCUCUGUCUUAAACAUUUUGUGGAAAACUUUUAAAGGGGAAUAUUUUUUAAAGGACUACAAAAUGCAGAAUAUCCCAGCUCCAGCCGGAGGUUCAGUCCCCCGUCCAGUAGCCUUCAAUCCGUCCCAGCUAAAAUGAGCGAACUGAGCCCGGCGACUGGGCAGCAAGAGGCGGCUCCAGCGGUACCCAGACCUCGGGCGCACGAUAACCGUACAAUGGUAGAGAUCAUCGCUGAUCAUCCAGCAGAACUCGUACGGACUGACAGUCCCAACUUUCUUUGCUCCAUCUUGCCGUCACAUUGGAGGUGUAAUAAAACAUUACCCGUGGCAUUCAAGGUGGUAGCUCUGGGGGAGGUCUCUGAUGGGACAGUGGUCACAGUGAUGGCUGGUAAUGAUGAGAACUAUUCUGCUGAAUUGAGAAAUGCCUCUGCCGUCAUGAAGAACCAAGUUUCAAGGUUUAAUGAUCUGCGAUUUGUGGGAAGGAGUGGACGAGGCAAGAGUUUCACAUUGACAAUCACAGUAUUCACAAACCCACCCCAAGUGGCAACUUACCACCGAGCAAUAAAGGUUACUGUUGAUGGACCUCGGGAACCAAGAAGACACAGACAGAAGCUGGAUGACCAGCCGAAGCCUGGUUUGUUUUCAGAGCGCUUGAGCGAGUUGGAGCGUCUUCGCCAGACCACAAUGAGAGUCAGUGUCCCGACACAAAACCCCCGAUCCUCCCUCAGCGCAGUGCCUACACCCUUUAACCCACAAGGCCAAACCCAGAUCUCAGACCCCAGACAGACCCAGUCAUCUCCUCCCUGGUCGUAUGACCAAUCUUAUACACCUUAUCUGAGCCAGAUGACUUCACCAUCCAUACAUUCUACAACCCCGCUCUCCUCCACCCGAGCCACAGGGCUUCCUGCUAUCAGUGAUGUGCCAAGACGCCACCCAGGAGCUUCAGACUUGAGCCCGUUUUCAGACCCCCGGCAGUUUGAACGACAGUUCGCCGGCCUGUCCUCCCUCACUGAGAGCCGUUUCUCCAAUCCCAGGAUGCACUACCCAGCCACCUUCACCUACACGCCCACCCCAGUCACGUCAGGCAUGUCACUGGGCAUGUCCACAACCACCCACUAUCAUACCUACCUGCCACCUCCUUACCCUGGCUCCACCCAGAACCAAAGUGGACCUUUCCAGACCGGCAGCACCCCCUAUCUCUACUAUGGCUCUUCUGGAUCCUACCAGUUCUCCAUGGUGCCAGGAGGAGACCGUUCCCCUUCCAGGAUGCACCCGCCUUGCACAAGUGCCUCAACUGGCAGCUCCCUCAUCAACCCCAAUCUUCCAAACCAAAACGAUGGAGUUGAUGCUGAUGGAAGCCAUAGCAGCUCACCAACUGUGUUAAACUCAAGUGGAAGGAUGGAUGAGUCAGUCUGGAGGCCAUAUUGAAACCAGCAAAACUUUUGUGAACCUUAAAGAACCAUCAGCUUUAGCGAACCAGCGAGAUAAUAUGAGAGCAGUAACAUAUCAGCUUCGUAAUUUUAAAAUGUAAGGGUUUUAAAGCACAAACCAAACUUAAUAACCCUCUUUCAAGAAAGAGGCAUGUUAAACUACAAAAUAGCCUUAUAUAUAGCCUUAAUGGUACAAUUGAGAGAUUAAACAUGGUACAUAAGACUUUUAAUGUUGAUCUGCAAUGGUACUAGAUUUCAGAUUGUUCUCACAGCAAUAAAGAGGAAUAGAAGAGAUCAAGAGACUUUUUGAAAGAAUAUGGAAAUAUUUAUGGCAUUCCACUGCAAAUCCAGUUGCUGAAAUUGCAAAUCAUGGACAGGUCAUUAUAUUAAUAAGAGCAAAUGGGCCAAGGGCUUCCAUUUUAUUAUUGAAUUUGACUCUUGUUUGUCAUGUACAUAGAGUUGUGUUCUAUUUUAUAAAUGCUGUUUAGUUGAGCGUUUUUUAUAUAUAUAAUUCAUAAAUGUAAUGCUGCACAUUUAGCACUGAGUGCCAGUCUUUGCUUAUUUUAUAUAUGUAACAGAAAUUCUGUUCAUUUUAAAGGUACCAGCUUAAGUGUUUGUUUAUUAUUUUUUCAUAAUUUAAUUUUUAGUUGCAAAGUUGGUACUGAAAAAAAGGUAACGCCUUUUAAAGCCAUAAAUUAUUAUAAUGUAUUUGAUAAUUAAAACAUUUUAAAUAAUGUUUGAAGCAUCUUAGUUAAAUUAAUAGCUUAUUUUCUUUUGUAAUUUAAAAUAUAUAUUGUUAUUUUGUGAGGACUCAAAGCAAGGGGAUCAUUUAAGUUCAUUAUGUUGGACCACAUAUUUUUUAAAUUAAGUUAAAGUGCCAUUUUAGACAGAAGGCCAGUACGCUACCAAGGUCAAGCACAGAGUUCCCUAAGCUCAUAAGCACAAGAACUGGAUAAAGUAUACUCACAUGCUUGGUAUGAAUGGUAUCAAAGCUUUUAUUACUGAUUUUAGCAUACAGCUUGGAACAUAUCUAGGCCUUGUUUGUAUCAUAUGAAGGACAUAAGUUCUUUUAAUUCAUACAGUUAUAUGCUUGGCAUCUCAAAGCCAACUUAAUGCAUAUGAAAGUCGCAAGUGAGGCCUUAGAAGUUCCAGCUCUGCGUAACGAAAAGCACUUACUGUUUCAGAAAUCUGUGGUUAGAAGAUCCUGGGUUUGAACACCAGCUCCUCUUCCACUUACCUUCUGUGUUGCCUUUAAUACCUUGUGUCUCUGCACCACCCUAUUGUAAUUAGGUAAAUAAUUAAUUUAAAACAUUAUCAAAUAUAUUCAUAUUUAUUUUGCACACUUCCGGCAUUCGGACACCAAUUAAUGACACCAAUUAAAAAAACUUGUUUCUUCAAAAAAAGGAGAGUUCUUUUUUUUUGUGCAAUGUCUGUUCAUGGGAAUGCUCAGUAGUACAGUUCUACACAUAUUUGUUCAGUCCCCUUAAUGACAGACCUAUAGCAUCUAAACUGGUUAUUCAUUUGGCUGUAUAAUGUGUAGGUCUCAUUUUGAUAGCUGCCAUGAAGUUCCACGUGAAAAAAAAGAAAGAAUAUGGUAUUCUUAUUUAUUGCAAUAUUUACACACUAAAAAAAUGAAUAACCAUCCUAAGCCAAUGUUACUUUUUAAGGUCUGAAUAUGUUUUAUGGAUUUUGUACUGUGUAUUUUGUUUUGUUUUGCAAAAAAGCAGUAAUACAGUAUGCCUGAAUACGCUUCAUAUGAGCAUUGUUUAGUAUUCUCUGGUCGAUUGAUGAUGUCAUUGCUUUUAUUUAUUGUCUGUGGUAGCUAGACGUGUACACCAUGGAAUUGGAGUACUGCAAGGGCAAGCUGUUACCUAUUUUUUAAAAACAGGUAGUAUAUUUGUAAACUUAUUUUUUGUUAUUGCUGAGAAAGUCUUGUGAAAUAUGAAUAUGUUUUUGUAUACAUAUAAAAAGUAAUUUUCUAAAGGUUCUGGACCAAUGUAAUUUAAGAUGGCUGCAGGCAGCAACCUGGGAAGCAAAUGUAAGGAUUGUUUUGUUUGUUUGUACAGUCAAGCACUUCAUUGUCUAGGUGGAAUUAUUACCAGCCCUGUUUACUUCCUGGGACGAGAGGCUUUUCAUAAGGAGUUAUGGACAUUGCUUUUCAGAAGGAGCUAUGGACAUUGCUUUUCAGAAGGAGCUAUGGACAUUGCUUUUCAGAAGGAGCUAUGGACAUUGCUUUUCUUCAUACUGCACCAAUGCAUGACUCAAAGUUUCAGACCAAUAAGAAAUCAGUACUGGUGACCCAGCAGUAAACUUUUAGCUGUAUGUAAGUAGGUUUUGUUGCAUUUGCAAUUUCAAUAAAUGCUAAUCAGGCAAAAUGAAAUAUGCAUAAUCAGAACUUGCUUUGCAUUACAGUUGCUUCAAAAGAUUACAAGAGCAUUAAUUCUGGAGAUUAUGCUGUGUCAUAUUUCUUAUAUGCCACUGUCAGUCCAGUUACACUAAAACAUAGCUGAAUAUUUUAAACAGAAGUGAAAGACUAUAUUCUUGCCAUGACCAAGAAUACCAAAAUAUUUACAAAAUUAAUAUCUGUAUUUUCAUUACACCCCAGAGUUGAGACAUUCUUCAACCAUCUUGCUUUCUGAAACCUUGAAUACACCCCAUUUUGUAUUUCAUAUUUGUUGAAAAUUGUUUACAUAUUGUUUACAGAACUGUUAGCAGAUAACAGCAAGUAACUCUUUUCAGUGUAUUACCAAACUAGAAUAUAUAUAUAUAUAUAUAUAUAUAUAUAUAUAUAUAUAUAUAUAUAUAUAUAUAUAUAUAUAUAUAUAUAUCACCCAACAACCAUACUGUUACAUAAUAGCUUUAAUUUCUCUCAUUGAGCUGUUUCAUAGAUACGCUUACCAUUCUUGCAUACUGCUGGAAAAAAAAUGCAUAUUAUGUAAUAUUUGUGUAAACAUAAGCUUUUUUUCAUUGUCAUUGUCAAAUAAUUGCUUUCUAUGCAUAUACUGUACCGAUGCAAUGUGUUUUUAUUGUGCCUCAGACACCAUUGAGUGUGAAUGAGUUUGCUCCUCCAAAUGAUAAGGGACUAAUAACAAUUAGUGAGAUUGUCUGGCAUUUUCUCAUGAUUGUAACAUUUAUUGAAGUUUGGAUUUAAAUAAAAAUGGCUUUUUUGGUACUGA